AUGCCGCUGCCUGACACCGCCGCGAUCAGCCAGAGGCUUCAAGACCUCGUUGACAGGGUGUCAAGCGAGGACAAGACGACUCUAGCGGUGGCCGGUGCGACGAUCGUGCUUGGCGGGGCCCUGGUUUGGCGUGCUUGGAGCGGCAGCGGCGACUACAAGAAGAAGCCCACCGUUUUUGAACUGUCUGGCGGCUCGAUCGAGCGCGGUGAGGUCAAGAAGGAGUGGGACAACUACGAGGCCAGCUAUGGCAAGGAGGCCGGCGCCGGCAUCAAGGACCGCAGCAAGACGACGCAGCUGGUCGACGUGUUUUACAGCCUCGUCACCGACAUCUACGAGUGGGGCUGGGGGCAGUCGUUCCACUUCUCCCCUAAGCUCAACGGGAAGAGCUGGCCCGUCAGCGAGGCGGCGCACGAGGCGCGCGUCGCGGCGACCCUCGGCCUCAAGCCCGGCAUGAAGUGCCUCGACGUCGGCUGCGGCGUCGGCGGCCCCAUGCGCACCAUCGCCGCCGUCAGCGGCGCCCAUGUGACCGGCAUCACCAUUAACCAGUACCAGCGGCCGGCGACUGGGGAGCUGGCCACGUUCCGACGUGCUCGACCCGUGUCGCUGAUGCGGGGCCUUGCCUUUGGGUUUUCUGGAUGA